AUGGCCAAAUUCUUCAAAGGCCUCGCAGCCUCCGGCGGCUGGGCCUGCUUUGAUGAGUUCAACCGCAUCGACGCGGAGGUGCUGAGCGUCAUUGCGCAGCAGAUCCUUUGCAUUCAAAAUGCCAUCAAGGAGAAGAGGACUCACUUUGAGUUCGAAGGAACGGAGCUGCCGAUCAUUUGGACCUGCAACUGCUUCAUCACCAUGAACCCAGGCUACGCCGGCCGGGCCGAGUUGCCUGACAACCUCAAGGCGUUGUUUCGCACAGUGGCCAUGAUGGUGCCAGACUACGCGAUGAUUGCAGAGAUCAAGCUGUACUCCUACGGAUACGAGGACUCGCGCUCUCUUGCGCAGAAAAUUGUUACCACCUACAAGCUUUGCUCCGAGCAACUCUCCUCGCAGAAGCACUAUGACUACGGUAUGCGCGCCGUCUUCGCGGUGCUGGUGCAAGCUGGACGGAGCAUCCUGAUGUUGCAAUCUGUGAACGACGUGAACCUCGCAAAGUUUUUAGACUUUGACGUGCCACUCUACAAUGGCAUCACUCGAGAUCUCUUUCCUGGCGUGGAGCUGCCCAAGCCGGACUACUCCAUGAUGGUCAACAAGCUGACAGAAAAUCUCGAUGUCACCUACUGCCAGGCCCAUCCGUACUUUAUCGACAAGAUCAUCCAGUUCUACGAGUGCCACCUUGUCAGGCAUAGCGUGAUGCUGGUGGGCAUGCCCUUCAGCGGCAAGACCACGGCACUGAACACCUUGCAGAAAUCCCUCUCCGACCUGGCGCAGCUGCAAAGCCGCAAAGCCGCAAAGCACCCAGCCGAGGCGCGCUUGAACCCGAAGUCCAUCCCGGCCAGAGAUUUGUAUGGCUGCUUCGAGGAGGUGUCUCGCGAGUGGGUCGAUGGCAUCGUUGCCGUGCUUUUCCGCGAGUUUGCCCGCAAUCAGACGGAGGAGCGCAAGUGGCUGGUCUUUGAUGGUCCGGUGGAUGCUGUCUGGAUCGAGAACAUGAACACAGUCAUGGACGAGAACAAGAAGCUCUGCCUCAACAGCGGGGAGAUCAUUGCCAUGUCCGCCAACAUGCGGACCAUCAUUGAGCCCAUGGACGUGGAAGUGGCAUCCCCUGCCACCAUCUCCCGCAACGGCAUGGUCUUCUUCGAGCCUCACCUCAUGGGCUACCAGCACCUCAUCGCCAAGACUCUGAAGGGCGGCCUGCCACAGGAGAUGGAUGAAACCGAGCGGGCGGCGGUUACCGGCAUGAUCGAGUUUUUGGUUCCUCCGCUGGUAAGCUAUGUCUCCAGGCAGUGCAAAACCGUGUCGCCAGCGCAAGAGCAGAACCUGGUGCAGAGCUUUUUGCUGCUGCUGACCACCAAGCUGCAGAGCGGCUACAAGGAUCCCAACAUGAACCGAGAGGCCGCGGACCCCAAGGCAUUGGUGGCAAUGGUGGACUGCUAUGCCAUUUGGUGUGCGAUUUGGGGUAUCGGAGCUGCCUGUGAGACAGGCAGCCGCCCCAUGUUCGGGCAGUUUCUGCGGAAGCUGCUGACCGGUCAGGAUGGGCGCGAUGGCCUCGAUCGGCUGAUCGCGGAGCUGAUUGACACUCUGGGGCGGCUCAGGGACUUGGACGGCGAUGGCUACAUCUCAGUGGAGGACAUGUGCGCCGUGAACGAGAAGACAGCAAGCUUGCAUUCCGAGCAUUUCACCCAGAAGAAUGCAAAUGCUAUCAGGCUGCAGCCGAACCUCCCGGACCGGGGCUCCGUGUUUGACUACGUGGUGGACCUCAAGGUUCCAGGCGCAGCGGUUUUUUGCGAUACACGAUUAUGUUCUGCCCUGUGGACAACUAUCCAGGCAGGCUCGGGAACUCACGGGAAAUCUGCAACUCUCGCUUUUAGGGGAUGCCCAAUUCAAAGAAACGAUGAACUCUCCUUGCGAGAACUGAGAGAGCUGUUUGCCGUCAGGAGAUUGUCGCAUGUGUAG